CAAGUCAAUCAAUGAAAUAUUCUCUUUGGGUGUUGUUGUGCUUAUCAAUAUGUUUCUUUGCAUUAAAUGAUCACUUAUAUGACCUGGCACUCCAUCGCCGGUCCUCCACUUGGAUAAAACCAAAAUCCGUGGGCCUAGCAGAAACCACGCUGGUACAGUGUGAACUGAGGAACUAUACCACGAGAGCAGGUAGGAUAACGGUCACGUGGUGGCCCCACCUCUAAAAUGGGCCCACCCACCCACCACGUGUUAAAAGAAAACGAAGUGUAAUUCUGUUCUUUUCGGCGGGACCCGCCUUGCCGUCAUCAGUAAAUGAUCAAGACCAUCUGUUCCUCUUCAUCAAUGGUCACGAUGCGUUCACAACCAGAACUUGCGACUGGGUGGAGGCAGUUCCAAGUACUCAACCCUCUCUGUCCGUCACUAUAUUAUAUCACAGCCUCCCUUCACUCCCUUCACAACCAGUUCCAAGUUUCCACACUCUAUCCAAUGGAUCGUUCUACGAACUGGUUCUUCCUCCUUUUGGCUUCCACUAUUAUACAGAACGCCGUCAUCGCACGUGCGGCCCUGCCCGGCACUUGGGAUCUUCUUGUCGCGAACGCCGGCAUCGCUUCCAUGCACACCGCUGUCACCCACCGCGGGACCGUCGUGCUCCUCGAUCGUACCGACAUUGGCCCCACCGGAAAAAAGCUUCCCGGCCGUCACUGCCGGUCCGACCCAAACGAUCCCGUUUUGAAACGGGACUGCUACGCUCACUCUCUCCUCUUCGAUCCCCAAACCAACCAGCUCCGGCCACUGACGAUUCUCACUGACACUUGGUGCUCCUCCGGCCAGUUCCUCCCGGACGGCACGCUCCUCCAGACCGGCGGCGGCCUCGACGGUUUUAAGAAAAUCCGAAAAUUCGCACCCUGCGACCUGAACCAGAACUGCGAUUGGGAAGAGCUCCCCGACGUCGAGCUCGCCGACGGCCGCUGGUACGCAACGAACCAGAUCUUGCCGGACGGCUCCGUCAUCGUAAUUGGCGGCAGUGGGUCUAGCACCCUCGAAUUCUUUCCGGCGAGGAGCGGCGGCGCCGUAAAGUUUCCGUUCCUGGCUUCGGUGAAGGACACUCAGAUGGACAAUCUUUAUCCAUACGUCCACCUCCUCCCCGAUGGCAACCUCUUCGUCUUCGCCAACAACAAGGCGGUUCUCUACGAUUACGUCGCUAAUCGGAUUGUGAGAAAUUACCCGGUGUUGGACGGCGGUCCUCGGAACUACCCGUCGGCGGGAUCGUCGGCGAUGCUGGCUCUCGCCGGCGAUUACUCGACGGCUGAGAUUGUGAUAUGUGGCGGUGCCCAGUACGGCGUGUUCAUUGCCAAAAGCACGGAUACCCCGGCGCACGGUAGCUGCGGGCGCAUCGUAGCCACUCAAUCCGACGCCGUUUGGCAAAUGGAGGACAUGCCGUUCGGUCGGAUCAUGGGGGAUAUGGUGAUGCUCCCGACCGGCGAGGUUUUGAUCAUAAACGGAGCCCAAGCCGGAUCCCAAGGAUUCGAGCUGGCUUCGAACCCGUGCUUCUACCCGGUUCUCUACCGGCCGGAUCAACCGGCCGGGUUACGGUUCAUGACAUUGAACCCGGGUACGAUUCCGAGAUUGUACCACUCGACGGCGAACCUGUUACCUGACGGUCGAGUACUGAUCGCCGGCAGCAACCCACAUUACUUCUAUAAAUUCAAUGCGGAAUUCCCCACGGAGUUACGGAUCGAAGCUUUUUCGCCGGAAUACCUUUCGGCGGAUCGGGCGAAUAUCCGACCCGUUAUUGUUGAAAUGCCAGAAAAAGUCGGGUACGGGGAAGCGUUCGAGGUGCACGUGUCGGUGAUGCUGCCUGUGGUUGGAAUCGUGGAGGUGAACUUCGCCAGCGCACCCUAUGCGACCCAUUCGUUUUCGCAUGGACAGAGGUUGGUGAAGUUGACCGUUGCGCCCGCCGUGCCCAUCGACGGCGGGUACCGUGUGGCGUGCACGGCGCCGCCGGAAGCAAGGGUGGCGCCGCCGGGGUAUUACAUGGUGUUUGCAGUUAAUCAGGGCGUGCCAAGUGUUGCACGGUGGGUGCAGGUGGCGGCAUAAUUCUGUUUAUUUUUAUUUUUUAAAUUUUCAUUAUUUUGUUAAGCUUCGCUGGAGGGGAGUGGGCUCGGCUUUUGGGCAAGUGUAGAUAGUUAUUUACGAAAUUCUUUCUGAUUCCAGAAAAUGGGAUUGGAUUAAAACUUAAAAAAUAAGCUACAGAAUUUUAGCA